UUUCCUUUCUACUUGUUUUCAGCACCAUUUCAGGCUGAACUCCUGCAGCCUAUAGAGCAAACCAAUGGUCAGACUUCAGAUGGGUGGUUGGCUUGCUACUAUGAGAACCUUUGCAUUAAGGGACUUAAAGUCAAAUUAUAGAGGGAAAAAAACCAUAAAUCACGUUCUACAUCUUAACAUUGUAAUCAAUUUUUUGAUUUUAAUCGUUUGACGGUGUGCAUCUUCACAUCGUCCAUCACAAGACACCUGUCUGGCUGUCUAUUCGUGGGCCUCCCCGUACACAUGUGUACAAACCCGCCCCGGGUCACUACAGCGUUCGUCUUGAAAAAGUUACAAAGACACAUUAAUGGGGAAGAAGAAAGAAUAAAUCAGUAAAAAGUGUAACAAAAGAAAAACAUGCAGCAGAGCUUUGGAGCCGCUGUCACUGAUUGUUGCUGUGGAAACGCUGUUCAGCUGGUGUUGCCAUGGACAAUUAUAACCAUGGAGACAUGGCCCUAAUGUGUGACACUUGUAUCAGACUCAUCUCCGAGCGGAGCAGUCUGAACCAGAACUUCAAGACCGUCGUGUGAUAAAUGAAUAAAUAAAUAAUUAUAUAACUGCAUCUCAUGUGAAAGCCAACUUGCUCUUCCAGCUGUGCAGCUUUCCCACCUUCCUGAACACGACAUGUCUGAGCACGGCUACGCCCGGCCGACCCUGACGUUCCCAGGAUCUCUAGUUGCUAUUUAAGCAUUAUAAGUAAUACAAGCCGGCUAACGUGGAGCAUGAUUUGUCGAAAUGACCUCGCUUGACCAGGACUGACAAAGAGGAGCUUCACUGAACUGUUGUGUGAAUAUUGUUCUCGCUUCUGGUGAAACCCAGGCUUGUUGUUGCAUUCAGAGCGGGGGGUCCAUUGUUUGUCCAGCUUUGCUAUUGAACCGGAACAAAGCAGCACUUCACUCUGCCGACUGCGUGCUGUAUGUAUAGCCAGAACGUGUAAUUGUGUUCAUAUAUUUGGGUCCUCGUGGAUCAGCGUUGAGUCCACAUAUCUCCACACACCACCUCUCCUUUGUCAAAUAUACACAGGCAGCACUCCAGGAUGUGGCCUUGGGGUCUUUCCUAAACAUCAGCUGCAAACUAUGUUAAUGCACAUAUUAAGAUGAUCACAUUCAAUCUGGAAACGGGCAAAUAGCCCACAGCUGCUUAUUUACCCUCCGAUGUUAGUUACUGUCAUGAUUGCAGCACAGAUGGCCAACCUCACACUGCAAACAAUGAGGCAUCAUGAAGUCAAUCCCAGGUGCCCAGGUGUGACACACACCAGUGACCCAGCUGCACAAAACCACUGUAAAGAAUGGUAUUCUUUACAGAACGCAUUGCCACAGGCAGGGGAGAGGUGAGCUCUGGGUUAUGAGCUGGUGGGUUAUUAACAUAUCUUUACGAUUCUCACGGUUUCGACGUUGUGCAAGACGGUGACGGUCUUCUGCACUCUUCCGGUCGGUCCAGUUUUUGCGAGUUUCUUAUCUUCCAAGCAAGACGGAGAGCAGCUUGUCCUCGGUGAAGCGGUUUGAUCUGUGCUCUCGGAGGGGGAUCGUUGCAGCUCUUCUGUCCCACGUCCUGCGAGCGAGGUCGUGCACAGACGAGUGUGCAGGAUGAUCAGCUCCCUGUACUUCAUCCUGCCGCUUCUGGGUGGAUACACUCUCAGCUCCGUGUACCUGCUGAAGAACCCACACAUUCUCCACAGGAAGAAACGCUCCGCUUUCUACUGCACACACGUCUCACACAGAGGAGGAUGUGGAGAGAGGCUAGAGAGCACGAUGGAGGCGUUCACUCAUGCGGUGGAGCAGGGCACACAGAUGCUGGAGAUGGACUGUCACUUAACCCGUGAUGGACAUGUGGUGGUGUCACAUGAUGAGAAUCUGCUGAGGCAGACCGGCCUCGACGUCACCAUCUCCUCACUCAACCUCCAGGAUUUGCCUCUGUACAAAGAGAGACUGGAGGUGACCUUUUAUGCAGGUCGCUACAGCAGCGGUGCAGACAGGAAGUUUGCUCUGCUGGAGGACGUGUUCAGGAAGUUCCCUGAGACGCCCGUCAGCGUCGAGAUCAAAGAGAACAACAUCCAGCUGAUGGAAAAGGUGUCUGACUUGGUGAGACGCUACAACAGAGAGGACAUCACCGUCUGGGCCUCGGUGAGGUCCAGGAUCCUGAAGGAAUGCCGCAGAACGAACGGCUCCAUGCCGUACAGCUUCUCGGAGAGCCGAGGCCUGCUGCUGCUGCUGCUCUUCUACAGCGGCCUGCUGCCCUUCCUGCCGCUGGGAGAGAGCUUACUGCAGUUCUACCUGCCGCGCAUCAUCAACAGGACGUUCAUUUCUGAGAAGCGCAUCCUGAGGAACAAGCUGGUCAUCUCUUUGAUAGAAAGAGUAACAAUGAGGAAGAGUCUGUUCAACCACCUGGCAGCUCGGGGAAUUCAGGUGCAUUUGUUUGUGUGCAAUAAAGACGACGACAUAAAGGCUGCGUUUGAAGUCGGGGCCACCGGGGUGAUGAGCGACUACCCGACUCUUCUGUCCCGCUACCUCUGCAGAAGCCCGAGUCGGGAUUGAACCCAAACACGCCUCACAUCGCAACAGCAGACAAUCACUGCAGCUUUCUGAGGACGAUUGUGUAAAGUAAAGACUGUGAAAGAGAAGUAAAUACAAGAAGUGUGAGGAUUAUUUCCUCCUCUGUGACGAGAUCAGUCGAGGAGUUGUCGGUCUGCGGGAACCAAACGGUCAUGCAGCUCUUCAGCAGAUGAUCUGCUGUCUGUUCCUCUCCGCCGGCCUCCAGCCUCAGUUGGCCAACACAGCCGCGAGUCCACGGCAACGCUGUCGGGAGGAAUCUUUCCCUUUAAUUAGUGCACAUCGAUAAAAAAACAGACAGACAGUUAGACAAUCUUUAUGUUAGUUUAUGUUUCGUAUGUGUGUCUGUGCAUGUGUGAAAGUGCGUUGUGUAUGUGUGUGUGUGUGUGUGUGUGUGUGUAAGAGCGACUCGACGAAUGUGCAUGUGGGGGAGGAGAUUGAGGAAUACAUGAAUAAAUACUUUUCUUUUCUUUUUUAUGUUGAAAAGGGGAAAUAUAUGUAUGCAUAUAGGUAUAUGUGCAUAUGCACACAUAUGGAUAUGCGAAGAAGUAGAAGAAGAAGAACUUUAGAAUCCCCUUUUCUACUCUGUGACUGAGAGGUUUAUGAUUUUUUCCUCUGUGUUUAUGAAUGAAAUGAUAUGGUAGCUGACUGGUUGUGUCGGGUGUAGGGUUUUAGAGAGAGAGAGAGAGAUCUUGGUGGCAUUCAUGUUUGUUGGGAGUAUGGAGUUUUGUUUUAUUUAAGUAAAUCGGUUUGUUACUUGAAGUGAAUAUUUAACCAGCUGCUCCAUGUUUUGACAUCCCAUUUAUCCUGAUGAGAGAGACAGCGUGACUUUGUUUAGACUGUUUUGGAUGUGAUUUUCUGGCAUAUUUUAAUUGGUUUUAAUAAGUGCUCGACUUUAGAAAUUAAAUAUUUUUCACUUGGA